AUGGCAGCUCACCUGCGUCAGAUUCGGCAAGCUCGGCGGACAUCCGUGUACCGGAGUGUUUCGAGAUCGCGCUAUGCAUCUGUUGGGGACAGUCUCAUCAACAUUUCGAGAUCAACAGCGGGCAGAUGUAUACGGGCAGUGUCAGUGAAAAUAGCGGAACUGUCGAAGGAUUUCAUCCAGUUUCCAGUUGGAAGGGACGCCGUUCGUGCAAAAGGGGCAUUCGGCAACAUUGCAGGUUUCCCGAAUGUUGUUGGGUGCAUCGACGGUACUUUCAUCCGAAUACAGCGGCCAACUGCAAACGAGGGAGACUUCGUGAACCGGCGAGGUUACCAUUCCCUAAAUGUUCAGAUGUGCUGUGAUGCAAACUUUAAAAUCAUCAGUUGCAAUGCCAGCUGGCCCGGAUCAGUGCAUGACAGCCGC